GGCAUGGCAGGAAAGCGUCUCCCUGAAGGAGCUGCAGCGCAGAGGCGUCUGUUUGCUCAAACUCCAAGCUGCCAACCAGAGAACCGGCCUCUAUGGACGGCUGCUUGUGACGUUUCAGCCUCGAAAAUACGAUUCAGAUGCCGAGCUGCCCUAUAACAGUUUCGGGCCUGGGGACAUUGUGGGCCUUUACCAUGCAGCUGGCCAGGGCGAUCCGCUCUCCACCGGCGUUGUAACACGUGUCACCUCCAAAGCAGUGACUGUUGCCUUUGAGGAGUCUCGAGAUGGGAUGCUGAGCUUGGACCAGGAGAGCUCUUACCGCCUGCUGAAAUUAGCCAACGACGUCACCUACAACAGGCUGAAAAAAGCUUUAAAUGCACUAAAGCAGUAUCACGGUGGUCCAGCCUCUGAUCUGAUUGACGUCCUCUUCUUUUCUUCUGAUCCAAGCGCAUUCAACGAAACAAAGCCUCUAAAGCUUUACAACAACUCACUGGAUGCAUCGCAGAGGGAGGCUGUCACCUUCUCACUGACACAGAGGGAGCUUGCCAUUGUCCAUGGACCUCCUGGCACAGGGAAGACCACGACACUGGUAGAGAUCAUCUUGCAAGCCGUACAGCAAGGCCUGAAAGUCCUGUGUUGUGCCCCUUCCAACGUUGCUGUGGAUAAUCUGGUGGAAAGGCUGGCUGGCUACAAAGCCCGCAUCCUGCGGCUCGGGCACCCCGCUCGCCUGCUGGAGCCCAUCCAGCAGCACUCCUUGGAUGCAGUCUUGGCCCGAGGUGACAAUGCCCAGAUAGUGGCGGAUAUCAGGAAGGACAUCGACCAGGCCUUU